AUGGCUCCAAAGCGACGCAACAUUUGCGACGCUCCCAGUGACAUUAAACCCAAGAGAAUCCGGGGUGUUCUCACUAUCAGUGAAAAAGUGAACAUCCUGGACAUGAUCGAGGUACACAAGAAGUCGUACGCGGAAAUAGCAAGGCUGUACGGCAAGAACGAGUCCUCCAUUCGUGAGGUGAUGAAGAACAGAGAGAAGAUUCGUGCUAGUUUCUCUGUGGCACCGCAGACAGCAAAAGUCACCGCCGUGGCGCGAAACAAAGUGCUGAUGAAGAUGGAGAAGGCGUUAAAUUAUUGGGUGGAGGAUAUGAGCAGUAAAGGCAUACCGGUCGACGGUAACGUAGUUCGGAAGAAAGCUUUAAACCUGUACGAGGACUAUCAGAAAGAAGUCGAAAGAGGAGAAGAAGUGAAACCUUUCACAGCCAGCAAAGGAUGGCUACACAGGUUCAAGAAGAGAUUCAAUUUCAGUAACAUUAAAGUAUUGGACGCACCGUCGCCCGAUAAAGAAGAAGAAGCGUUACCUACCGAGUUAGGUAAGUUCGCUGCAGGAAAUCCGCGGGAUUUCGAAAACAAGAACAAGUUUUUGUCAGUCCUCUGGCAGUAUAACUUGAAGGCGUGGGUCACUUCAGUAUUAUUUACGCAAUGGUUCCAGCAAUGCUUCAUGCCAGAAAUUCGAAAAUAUUUGGACAAGGAGCCGUCGAAAAUUUCGUCGAUAAUAGACCCUUCGCAAAACGGCUUCGACGAACAUGACCAGACGAUAUUUUCGGCGAUAAAUAACACCUCGCAGAUGGAGCACAAGGCCUCACACGCCCGUCAGGUUUUCGAAACGGUUCGAGCAGCCAUCGACGCGAAUUCUAACCUUCAAGACAAUUGGAAAUCUUUUACGACCGCUGAUGCAAUCGACAUCAAAGCGUUGUACGAUUUAAAGCCGGAAAUGAUUAAUACGUUCUUGAAAAAUCCUUUUUUAGAGGUGGACGGGGAAGUGAAGAAAAUUAUAGAGACCGCGAGGGAAAUUAAUGGCGAGGGUUUUGGCGGCAUGAUGGCCGAGGAAGUGGAAGUGCAGCCGGAAGUGAUAAUUAAAGAAGAGAUGGAGGACGUCGAGUCGUACACAGAGGAAGAAAACGAGGAGGAGAUCGAAAGAAAACCGGCAUUGUGGACAAUGGAAAAAUUAGACGAGGUGUUUCGGAUAGCAGAAAACUUGUCAGAGAAAAUAAGAGAAUACGAUCCCAUAGUGGAUCGCAGUGUUAAAGUUACGCAAACCAUAAAGGAAGCUUUGCAACCUAUACAGGAAGUGUUCAAUGAAUUGAGAAGUCAAGAACAGCAAUUGCCCGGUGGAUUUUAUCAUGGAAACGAGGCAAAAAGUGUGUCCGGUCUCGGGGAACCUCAACCGUCAACUUCUUUUGCAACCAAUCUGAUGCAAACACCAUUUCCGUCGAGUCAGUCAUCCGAGGAUAAUCCUGAUAAUUAA